GAAGAAGUCCUCACGCGCAAGACCGGCUAAUUUGUCAUGUAAUCAUAACAUGACGAAGGUUGUCAUAGGUUUAAUGGAAAAAUAUAUGACAGGAAUUUGACUGAAACCCAGUGUCGUCUUUUUAGGAACCCAGGUAGAGAUGAAUGUCACCUGUGGGUUUGUGUCCGCCGCUGUUCGAAAUUUCACCCCACGGAGYCCUGCCGGUGUUCGGUUCUGCUGGCAGCUGCUGGGCCCCGGCUCCACCACCAGAAGAAACAUGUCCUCCAAAAGACAAGUGGACCAUCUAGAAAGGACAGCGAGCAACUACAGACAAAAUGCUCUGUAUCCAGCUCAAGUAUGUGGAAUCGUGAAUGAGUCAGAAACGGUAAAACGACUGAGAAUAUCCGUCCAUCCAGACUUCACCUUCAAAGCUGGACAGUGGGUAGAUUUCUUCAUCCCUGGUGUGGACAAGGUUGGGGGUUUCUCCAUGUGUUCCAGCCCGGGUYUGCUGCAGCAAGAGGGGGUCAUCGAACUGGCCAUUAAAUACACCAAACACCCCCCGGCACACUGGGUCCACACCAUGUGUACRGUUGGCUCCCGAGUGGCGAUGCGUGUCGGUGGAGACUUCUUCUUUGACCCGUCACCUUCUGMUCCCCCUGUGGACUUACUGUUAGUGGCUGGUGGCGUAGGGAUCAACCCCCUCUACUCGGUUCUGUUGCACACCACAGAUCUGCUGCGUCUCAAUCAAGCUUCAGGUGGUCGGGACUACAGCAUCGGCUCCGCCCACAUCUGUUACAGCGCCAAAAACACUACGGAGCUGCUCUUCAAGAGCUCCAUCAUUGAGGCAUGUCGACAGUUUCCCGACAAGUUCUCCUGUCACUUCCACGUCACGCAACAGAGGGCAGAAGUCGACCCGCCCCUGCAGCCRUUUGUCAGAGGUGGAAGAAUCACAGAGGAGGAGUUGCAGGCUCACGUGAACCCACAAAGGACUUUGUGCUACUUGUGUGGACCUCCACCCAUGAUCGAAGCGAUUUCAAAAAGCCUCACUGACCUCGGCCUCUCAAAAGACAGGAUCCUCUUUGAGAAAUGGUGGUAGGUCAGAGGCGGUCGUCGGGAGAACGUCRUGUGAACGAUAACAAGUGAAAACCUCUGAUCCCUCCUGUGGCUUGACCAGUAACAGACUGGAGGACCGACUCACUCUUCACCUAACAAGUGACUCAAAGGCUGUGAUUUUAUUUCCUGUAAUCUAACCAGGAACAACUGCUUGUGUAACACUUUUCAACAAAACUGUGUCACCAAGCUUCACGCAGGCUUGUUGAAUAUCUCAUUCCUCCAAGUGUUAAAGCAGCACAGUGGCUUUUAUAAAGGUUAUGUUUCAGACUAGUAACAUUAAAUCAAACAGUAGCUUCACAUGUAACAGUCACACCUUCAGAUAUCAGCAGGUAAAGUCACCUGCUUCCUGACUGGGCAGAUGAAACAGAAGUAAAUAUUUUAGAAUAAUUGUGACGACUGAAUCAAUGUUUUUUUUUCUAACGUGAAGUAGAAACUUGAAAAUCCUUGGCCAGCCUGUUUAACUCACAGUUAUAUGCGUACACGGUGCUUAUCUCCUGAUCAGUCUCCUUUCCUCACACACUUCCACAAACUGUUCCUCAUCCCAGGGUAGAGGAGGAAGUGUCCCACAGCGCUCUGUAAUGGAAGCUCCAGGUGGUCUCUGAUUGGUUUAAAUCACUGAACCUUCCUUCUGAGACGGUCGCCACCUUCCUGCCGCCGUCUCUGUGAAGGUUAUGUUAAUUCUUCCACUUAUGGAGGAAGCUAUUUUUGGAGGGAACAUAACAUUUAAAUGAAAUAAAAAAAAAACUUUAAGGCA